AUGCCACCGUCAACGUUUUUCUUCGUCACCUUCCUCCUGUGCUUAACCACACCAGAAGCAAAAGUGUUCGGAAGGUGUGAACUCGCAAGAGCUUUGAGAUACAACUACGGCUUUCCACUCGAUCAACUACCAACAUGGGUGUGUAUAGCUAACUACGAAUCGCUUUACGACACCAGCGCCUUCAACCGCGUUUCGGGGGACCACGGAAUUUUCCAAAUAAGCCAACUGUGUUGGUGCUCCGACGACAAACACCCGGGGAAAAACUGCAACGCGGUGUGCUCAAAAUUCCGAGACGACGAUAUUGCAGACGACGUCGCGUGUGUAAAGAAAAUUUUUGCGGAAAAUGAAAGGCUUUCCGGAGAUGGUUUCGACGGGUGGAUGACGUAUCAGUCCUGUAGGGACAACGUUGGGGAAUUUACUACCGGGUGCUUUUAA